GUUUGUACCCAAAUCCGAAAGUGUUUGGGCCUUAAAAGAUAUAAAAUUCAUGGCCCGCCAGAGUUUGGGCCUUCAGGGCAAAGCCGACCGAUACUUUAAUAGGGUUUCGAAAGGUCGUCUUCUUUAGAGCUCUUUCCUCGCAAUCUUCAACUCCCAGCGGCGCGAGCUCUGUUUGAUAGUGUUGCAAAUUCGGCGAUUCAAUGGCUCCAAAGAAGGAUAAGGCUCCGCCGCCGUCGUCGAAGCCGGCCAAGUCCGGAGGAGGCAAGCAGAAGAAGAAGAAGUGGAGCAAAGGAAAACAAAAGGAGAAGGUCAACAACAUGGUUCUGUUCGACCAGGGUACUUACGACAAGCUGAUCUCUGAAGCUCCCAAGUACAAGCUAAUCACUCCUUCCAUCCUCUCUGAUCGUCUCAGGGUGAAUGGAUCGUUGGCGAGGAAGGCGAUUAGGGAACUGAUGGCAAAAGGUUUGAUCAGGAUGGUCUCUGCUCAUUCAAGCCAGCAGAUCUAUACCCGAGCAACAAACACUUGAAUCUAGUUUACUCCCCAUUUUCAUCUAAGAUUCCGUUAAGUAGAGAAUUUUUGUUCACUUUUGGCUUCAAUGUGGCACUGUCUAUUUAAUCUUGUUGCUCUUAGGCAGUGCUGUUUUUGAAGUGUAUGAACUAUAAAGUCAAACUAUGAACAAGAUAGUUUUGUUUUCCGAUUAAGCAGAAUUCCGGUGCGAUCCGGCGUAACACCACAUCAUAUAUAAAUUACAUAAUGAAUAAUGGAUUAUAUAAAAA